AUGACAUCAAACAUUGUAGAAUCACUGAACGCAUUAAAUUUAGCUGCUCGAGAGUUUCCAAUAACAACACUUUUAGAAUGCUUAUAUGGAUUACUCCAAGAAUGUACAUACACAAACAGGAAAAAUGCACAAAAUACAUUCACAAAAUUGACACCAAUUGCUGAGGAGAAAAUGACCAAAAACUACAUAUACUCGUUGAGACUUACAGUAAAACCAUCAAAUGAAUAUCUAUUUGAGGUGGUUAAAGAAGAAAAAUCAUGGAUUGUAAACCUCAAAGAUCAAACAUGCACAUGCAAUAAAUUUCAAAUGGAUGAGAUGCCAUGUGGUCAUGCUCUUUCUAUGAUGAAGGAGAUCCACCUAGAUCCUUAUGUUUACUGCUCAGAUUACUACACAACAAAAACAUGGCUUCAAACAUAUGAAGCAAUAGUAUACCCAGUAGGAAACCAACGCACUUGGGAUGUACCAAACUAUAUCAAAGAAAUAAUAAUAUUACCUUCAGAUGCUAGAGUGAAAACAUGGAGACCAAAGAAAAGAAGAAUCAGAGCUGCUUGGGAAACUAAAAUGCAAAAUAGGUGCAGUAGAUGUGGGCAAAGAGGUCAUAAUAGGAAGGCAUGUCAAAACAAGCCAAUAAACAUAUGA